AUGAGGAACCGCGACGGUUUCUUGGGACAUCCCUAUGCUUUCCAACUCUUCGCGGUCGUGGUGGGCUUGUUGGUGGCCUUCAAGACUCAAUCGGCCUACUCCAGAUAUUGGGAGGCGGCGGGUGCCUUGCAAAAUAUGGCCUCGAAAUGGUUGGACGGCGUUGGCAUGGCCAUUGCCUUCGAUGCCGCAGGAGAUGCCUCCUGUCCUUACUUGUACGGUGAGAGCUGGGAGAGGAGUGCAGAGGAGAUCCCAGGCAACAAGGGGGGUCCCGACCACCAGCGCUACGUGGCGCAGCUGGUGCACAUCGCGUCGCUUCUGCACGCCGUGGCGCUGCAAGACCUGCGUCGAGACCAUGACUUGGACAAUCUGGUGCCCGCCAAGGCCCGCCUCAGUCGGCCGCCCCCGCUACCCUCGACGUCCUGGUUUUCCGAGAGGUCGAUCUUCUCGGAAGAGCAUCUCUCGGCCUCCAACCGGAACGCCAAAAUUCCCGUGCUGGGCGGUUUGAAGGCGCAGGAGAGGCACGUGCUGUCCAAGGACACGACCGGUCAACCCUUGAGCACGGCCGCACGAGUGGCCAUGGUCGAAGGCUGGUUCAUGCGGCGCGUACUCGCACGGCAGAAGUUCGAGCAAGGCGAAACCUCCAAGACAGCACCUCCCAUCCUCAGCCGACUCUAUCAGGUUAGACGCUUGGGUGGCACACCCUCGAUGGACACCAGCAGCAGCCAUUCCACCCCCACGAGCUUCACCAUGGUCUCCCGUGUCUUCAUUCCCUACAACACGGCAGCAAAUUCAUUGGCUUUUGGCAUGGGUGCAGCCGAGCAGAUCGCCUAUGACCAUGUCCAGAAGUACGCCUACGCCAUCUCAGAGCAAGGUGUCCUGAACGUCAUUGAUUGGAAUGACCCAAGCAACCCUCAGGUCAAUUCUGCUUUGGCCUAUGACUUUCAAGGUGCCAAGCUGACGGAUAUUGAGAUUUGUGCCGAGAAAGGCCUGAUGUUUAUUGGCUCUGGCGCAUCGGACAAAACGCAGCCGGGCACGGUCCAUGUCUUGAGCACUGUGGACCGAAGCUCUCCCGCAGCGCCCAUGAGCCGUGGAAGCCUGACGGCGGGGCCUUUGCCAGACAUGAUCCUUCCAAACAGCGAUUGUACCAAGCUGGCCGUGGGCAAUGAGGGUGAGGGUGACUAUGACACAAGUCUGGUGGAUCCUGCUGGAAGUGUGAUGAUUUUCGAGAACUCCGACUGGACGGAUCUCACCAGCACCGUGAAGCACACGGUCACUCUGGACUCCUACACGGACGCAGAGCUCAUGGCCAACGGGGUGCAUUUGCCGCUGCCUUUGGAUGCCAUGGCGUAUUGGGAUGACCAGUCCAUCUUUGCUUCUAGUUUGGACUUCAGUGCUGCACGAGCCACUUACAGCUCAGCCAUGAACUUGGAACCUGAAUAUUUGGCUUGGUCAGCAGAUGACUCCACUCUCUUUGUGAACCUGCAGGAGAACAACGCCAUUGCCACCAUCACUGUGACUGGGUAG